AUGGCCGAUCCGUUUGGCAUCGCGGGCCUCACCGGGACGGCGGAGCAAGUCGUCCGUCUUGUUAUCGCUCUCAUUGAUCGCCACGACGCCUACAAGAACAACAACGACUUGGCCCUCGAGAUGCUCGAGGCCUACAAGGCGCUGUCUAGGAAUGUUAGGUUGUUGCGCGACGACCCACACCUCGACAUCAUACAGGACCCACAUCGGGAAAUCUUAAAAGGCAAGAUUGACAGGGUCUCCGACUUUGUCAAAACAACUCUGACUGAACUCCAGGGUGAGCGAAAAGACCCCAAAGGCAAGCUCCGUAAAUUUUCGAAAGCCGUCAGCGAAAGAGACAUUCUUGUCGAGCGCAAGCAAGAUGCAGCAGAACAGCGCAAAGAAGUAGAAUCGGCAAGCGCUUACCUCAGCCUCUACGCCAAAAUUGAUUCCGUUGCGAUCAACAAGGACGUAUUCAAGUCUUGCGUGUGGGCGCCGAGAAACCCAGAUUCCGUGUAUAUUGAUUUGAAACUGCGACAAGGUCAUGGGGCACAGGACACAUGCGAGAGACAGCUCAAGGCGGCGGUACUACGGACUGACGGAAGCGCUCAAGUCGGCGCGUUUGCAGUGGGGCAGGGGGGUGUCGGAAAGACAUGCGCGCUGCGGGCGAUUGCACACGACGAGGAGGUAAGAGCUCGUUUUCCUGGAGGCGUGUACUUCUUGACCCUUGGACAAGAUGCAAGCGUUGGGCGAUUGAUGCAGCAGUUUUGUCUUGCCGUCAACGCAACAAGAGGACAUAGCACGGCCGAGAAGAUGCGUGAACAGACGGAACUGCAGGAGGUGCUAUCGUUGCUGGUAUCGUGGUUUGGAGACCGGAUAUGUCUUUUCAUUUUCGAUGACGUAUGGGCACGCAAUGGCAUUAACAAGGAAAUCUUACAACAGCUGUCUGUUCUGGCAGGCAGUGGCACGGGCAUAGGUGGGGCGACGAGCAGAAUUAUGUAUUCUACUAGAGAUAGAGACUUGACGCUAAUUGGCCAAUCAAUCGCGUUCGGUGCGCGAUUUUCUCGAGGAUCUGAUGCAGAGAUGAUGCUUCGGCAGGCUAGUGGGCCUCUUUGCGAUGAAGAAAAUAGCUCAUGUUCCGAGGAGGCCAUUCACGCGAUUCACGCGAUAUUGGACAUGUGUGCAGGACUGCCACUGGCGUUGAAUGUUGCGGGAACGAGUGUGAAGUACAUGAAGAGCCAACGGCGCACAGCAGAUGUGUCGAGUAUAUGGCAAUUGUAUUUAGACAAAGUUAAGAAUCGGGGAGGAAUGUCUGGUGACAGCCCAGGUGAUGGGUAUUCUUCGCUGAAAGCAAUGCUACUAUCAUCUAUCGAUAUUUUGGAAUCGAAUUCGAAAGCCGCUGGAGAACAAACGUUCUCCAGCGGGUUAUCGCAUAGGGAAAUGCACCGGGGAUUGUGUGUGAUGGAAAAGCAAGAUUGGAUUCCGGUAUCGGUUUUGAAAGACUUGUGGGAAACAGAUGAUGAGAAUGCAGCGGAGAAAUUGGCAAUGCAGAUGAGUAAUGUUGGUCUAGUAGACUUUGAGUACGGCCGCGGUUGUGCUGGGUUGCGUAUGCACGAUCUGACCUUGGAUUUCACAGUAGAUGAGGCAGAUGCGAAUGAAGGGUGUGCAGCUUGGUUUGGGAAAGUAGUGGACAAGUAUAGCAGAGAGAGGGGUUUGGUUGCAGCAGCAGUGGAAGAUGGAAGCUUGGAUGACAACAGAUUUAGAGAGGAGUACGUUGAGGAAAACAUCUACCGGUUAUUGAUGGGGGCAGGACGAUUGGAAGACCUGAAGAAUUUAUUGCUGAGUCCUGAGUGGGUGGUGAAGGUGUUGCGGCGGAAAGCGGUUUUGCAGUACGAAAGAGCUGUCAAGGAUCUGCAAAAUUGUUGGAGGCGGGGCGAGGGCAGGCGUGAAGUUGACAAGGAUGCGAUAUCUGGAAUGCAAUUGGUGAUGAAGGCUGCGCGCCUGAGUCUUCCUUUCUGCGAUGAAAACACUGCCGGGAUAUGCUUUCAACUUUAUGCUCGUAUGAUGUACAAGGCAUCGUCAUUGGAAAGUGUGCGGAGGUUCUUGUCGGACAUGAAGGCAUGGGCACCGGAACCAUGGUUGUGUCCUGUGAACGAGUGCUUACACCGAGCCGGUGGAAAUAUGGUGGAAGUGUUUAUGAUGCCCGAUCCGUACAGGGAUAGAUGGAGGGGAUGGAUAGUUUCAAAUGUAUCAGAACGGAUGGAUGUGGGUGAAAUAUUUAUUGUGUGUGCUUGCAAUACAGAUGGGAGCGACGUAGCAAUUCUCAGAUUCUCCCGAGAGGAGCCUGUCGAAGUCGUGAAUGUCGAGUGUGAGGGGCCGCAGUUAGUGCAGGAUAGAGAAACGAGUGAAACCGUCGGGUCGGAUACAUUGGAGCAGAGUGAAUCCAUGCGUGAGUCACAACGCCCAUCUACAGGGCCCGAGCAAGCAGAACAAGGAUCAAUUUUCAACCGAACAAGGCGAUGGGUUGCGCAAACAGUGGGUUGUUUUGGGAAAAUUUUAGAAACAUGCUUGGGCUCAAGCAACAUAUCCGCAACGGCCAGCAAUGAUACCGCGGGUUCGCAGGCAACUAGUGCAUCUGCAAGUGACAACGGUAGCGCCAGCGACGCAAGUGACCGAUGGGGUGUCGUUGAUGCACGUGUGUGUGGAAGCGGUGAACGAAUAGCUGUCCUGUACGCAAAUGAUACGGCAAUGGUGUGGGGCGUGUCGGAAAAACGAGCGAUCAGCAGGUUUCAGGUCGGUAGAAGGUGGCAGUACGUGAGCUGUAUGCUUUUGAGCUCGGACGGGCAGCUAUUGGUGCUCGGGUACUCGGACGGAACUGUGCAAGUUUGGAGCGCAGACGAGGGUACGCAAGUCGGGGCUGCGAUGUGUGGGGACACGAGUCCCGUUAGAAGCAUUGGGAUGAGCUCAGAUUGGAAGUAUUUAGUAUCCGGGUCGGAAAAUGGAACUAUUCGAGUAUGGGAUGUGAGGGCAGGGUCACAGCUCGGGCAGACGAUGACGGGGCACACGUACAGCGUGGACAGCGUUGCGAUACGCGGGGAUGGAGGACAGGUGCUAUCAGGGUCAUUCGACGAGACGGUGCGGCUUUGGGACGUGAAGACGGGGUCACAAGUCGGUAGAACUAUGAUUGGACACGAAAACCACGUGAACAGCGUUGCAAUGAGCAAGGACGGAAAACGCGCAGUAUCAGGGUCAGAGGACAUGACGAUACGGUACUGGGACCUUGAGACACAGUCACAAAUUGGGCACCCAAUGGCUGGGCAUACGGGUGAAGUGCUCAACGUUGCAAUGAGCGCGGACGGGGCAAGAGCUUUAUCAGGAUCCACCGAUGGGACAUUAAGGAUGUGGGACGUGAAGAUGGAAUGGGAAGAGGAGGCAGUCAAGACUGGCCACACGGCCGGAGUGAGUUGCAUUUCACUAAGCGAGAACGGGAAACGGGUUGUGUCCGGUUCGGAUGACAUAACGGUUCGGAUGUGGGAUGCACAGAGCGGUGUUGAAAUUGGGAAUCCAGUACCUGUUUCUCUGUCAUAUGUGACAAGUGUGGCGAUGAGUGCGAAUGGAAGACGAGCGGUGUCUGGGGAUGAUGGUAGGUGGAUUCGGUGUUGGGACGUCGGGACGGGUGUACAAAUCGGGGAGGCGAAGGUUGGGGACGGGCGUUAUUUGAAUAGCGUUGCGAUCGACGGGGAGGGGAGGCUUGCCGUAUCUGGAUCCGAAGACGGUAGCGUGUGUGUUUGGGAUGUGGAGAAGGGUUUGCAAUUGCGAAGCGUGUUAACGGGCCAUACGGGUGAGGUUUUGAGCGUUGCGAUAAGCUCUGACGGGGCACGCGCAAUAUCUGGGUCAGAUGACGGAGAGGUGCUACUAUGGGACACGAAGUCGGGAUCAAAAGUGUGGGACAGUAAGAGCGGCCACAGCGAUUGUGUACGGAGCGUUGCGAUGAGUGCAAACGGGAGACGAGCGAUUUCUGGCGCGAGAGAUGGGACAAUAAUGUUUUGGGACGUGGGCACCGGGCUGCAGGUUAGCAAGACGUUAGAAGGUGAUGGAACUCUCAUUGAGAGCGUCGCAGUAUGUGCGAAGGGGAGAGUGGCUGUGUCUGGUUGUUGUGAUGAUGGACGAGUCGUGGUCUGGAAUGCAGAAAACGGGUCGCAAGUAGGGGAAACAAUGCUUGAUCACAAUGGGCGGGUGCAGAGUGUUGCGAUGAGUGCUGAUGGAAGCCGUGUCGAAUCAGUGUCUUGGGACACUUCUGCGAUUGUGUGGAACACGAAAACGCGGACGCAAGUCGGGCAAGCACUAAUUGACCACACCAGCGAUGUGAAAAGCGUUGCUAUGAGUGGAAACGGAAGCCUGGUGGUGUCAGGGUCGGAGAACGGAACCGUACGGGUUUGGGAUGCAAAGACGGGGUUACAGGUUGGCGAAGCUAUGGCUGGCCACACAAGUGGCGUACAUUGCGUGGCAACAAGCUCUGAUGGGAAGCAUGCAAUCUCGGGUUCAUAUGACGGAAGCACCCGGAUAUGGGAUCUGGAGAAGAGUUCAGAAAUCACGAAAACCGGCCACACGGGUUCAGUACGUAUCGUAAUGGUCAGUGCCGACGGAAGUCGCGCGGUCUCUGUGUCAGGUGUAAACUCGAUACUGGCAUGGGACGUGGAAACCGGGCUUCAGAUCGUCGGAAAAGCGAUGACUAGUUACACUUCCUGGGUGCAGAGCGUUGCCAUAAGCGCAGAUGGGCGACGUACUGUAUCUGGUUGCAGCGACGGAAGCGUUCGUGCUUGGGACACUGAGAGCGGAGCACAAAUAUGCAGCGCCUUACAUGGACACGACGGAGACGUGCGGGGCGUUGCGAUAAGCGCAGAUGGAGAAUGGGCGGUAUCAGGGGGGGACGACGAGACGGUGCGCGUUUGGGACUUGCAGGCCGGAGCACAAUCUGGCAAGACACUUACUGGACACACGGCUACAGUGUUUAAGGUGGCGAUAAGCGCGGACACAAGACGCGUUGUGUCAUGGUCUUGGGACGAUACAGUCCGAGUGUGGGAUGUAACCAGGGGCACUUGCGAUAAGAUCAUGACCGAGAUCAAAUGGCAGAGUGCCUGCUUUCAUUCGAUAAUAGCAGAGACUGAUGCCAAAGUGAGCACUGUGCCCACUAGGGAGAUGUUGGAUGUAUACUUAGAUGACAACAACAAGAUUAUGUGCCGUCGAGAAGAUGGUGUGGAAGUUGUUCUGGCACGGUUUGACGUCGGAACGAACAGAGAGGCAUUUCAAGUCGAUCACCGAAAUGGGAUUGUGGUUGCUGGUCUUAAAAAUGGGAGUGUGGCGGUCUUGAAGCUCUUGUCUUAG